ACUGGGCUCACCCUGCACCUUUCACUGGGCUGGGCCUCAGGCCCAGGAUCAGGGAGCUCCCCGCCCCGCGCCAUCCUUCAGUGACAUCGGCCUUGCUUCCUGUGCGUCCUCCCGGGUGAGCAGCCUCCCCACGGCCACCAGGCUCCUAGGACCCCUGGACUUUCCCAUGGCACUGCCCAGGCCACGGCCAGGCCUCCGGUGGCCGCUGUGCUAAGUUUAAAAGCCACCGCAUGUCCUGUCGGGAGGUGCACGAUGCAUUCCAAUGCCCGGAACCAGGAAAACCAAGACCCUGGGGCGUCUGAGCCGGGCCUGUGGUCAGCGCAUCCUACCUUCCCGGGAGCGCCGGUCUGCAGGGGCUGCACACGUGGAAUCGCUGUGCACACGGAUGGUGUUGCUGGUUCUGACCCACUGGAGGAGUCUCGGGCAGGAGCACUGCUGGCGAGUCCUCCUCACAGCCCGCCAGGGGGCGCAGGGCACUUGGCCUGCUGUGGGCGGCUGCGGGUUUCACCCUUACUCUCGAGCUGCCCCCAGCAGUUGUUAAUUGCCCUGGCGAGCAGCGUUGGUGUGAACAUCCUGCUCGCCAGCACCCUGCACUGGGCAGCCGGGCUGGCAGGUAAGACGCCUGAUGCUUCUGGGCUGAUGAGCGGAACCGGAAGCCCAGGGCUGGCUGGAGGAGGGCGGGGGAUGCCAUGCACCCCCCCGCCCUCCAGGGACGGAUCCCAGACGCAGGAGAGCCCUGACCACUCCUUCCCGGCUCCUGGCCAGGGCGGGCCAUGGGGAGGGGCCCUGGGCCUGUCCCUCCCUCUGUGGGCUCCUUCACACCUGGCGGCCGAAGGUCACAGAGCCAAGGACUGACACAGACAGAGCUCACUGCCUGUGUCCAGAUCGGUGGCCUCCAGUUCCAGCCCCCACGCAGCCCAGCUCUUCAGGUUGGGAGCAGCCACCUGGCCCCGGGGGCCUCAGGCUCUGUGUCCCCUUCAGGGCUGGCAGUGCCCAGGGCAGCUGCCAUCUCCAUCCUAACCCUGCCAGGGACAGGGGAUAGGGGAGGAGGACAGGAAGGAGGAGGGACACACGUGCAAGCUCAGACCCUGCACGCAUUCAAACACGUGCACACACUCAUGCACACACUCAUCUUGUUACAUGCACACGAGUGCACACAGUCACCACCCACAAGUACAGUGCGCACUGCACAGUGCAUACAUGACAAACACAUGCACGCACAGCUGUACGCCCACUCACGUGCAUGCACACUCACAGGCACAUGCACACCUGUGCCCCCUCCCAGAGCAGAGCCGCCAUGCUCGCUGCAGGUGGAGUAGUGGCUCCCAGGGUCCUGGGCCUCGAGGGCGGCUGCUGGAUGUCCGUCUUCCAUGUGGUCGCUCGGUUGGCCUGGACGUCCAGGUUGGGGGGGGGCAGACAGGGGCCGGAUGCUCUCCAGUGGCCCAGGUGGCCCGAGGGCAUGAUGAGAGAGCCAC